AUGACAGACCGAAAUGAUGGACGGCCAGUUGUUUUUCGGCUCAACAAGCAUACAAGAUCCCGACAAGGUUGCCAAACUUGCCGUUCACGAAAAGUCAAGUGUGACGAAGAGCACCCACAAUGUCGCAACUGUAUCCGAGCAAAGAGAGAGUGUAUCUGGACUCGUCCCUGGAAUCGACCAUGUACUGUUGUUACAUCCAGCUCCAUACAGGCAAGCAAGGUCGCGACCUGGCCCUCACAUGGCGUAUCAGAUCUCAUGCCCAUAUCUCUCGAGGAUGGUCGCAAGGGCACUUGCUGCGGGAUCGCUGAUCGCACAAGUCCGGAUGAUCAUCUUUCUCCGACUUCUUGGUCCUUUUCCCGACCGGUGCCAUCGAGGCGGAAUCAUUCACACAUAGAGCUAUUAUACCCAAGAGGAUUUCGGAUGCGACCCAUGGUUGACACUGCGGAAUCCAAUCGCAAACAAGCGCUGGCUGUAGCGCUGUCACAUUAUCUGCCACUUGAAGAAUCGUCUAUGCAAUCCGACGACCUUGAGAAUCAGUCAAAAAUGUCAUUUCUAACUCCUCAUAACAGCUCGCUAUUUAACCCUCGUUUACCUGCUCUCGCUGCGGCUGUUGAUACUCUCAGUCUUACUCAAGCUGCUGUUAGAUUGCAGGACGGACGACUCGCCCAACAAGCAAUCAAAAAUUACACAGUCUCCAUUGCACUACUGAGACGGUCAAUUGAGCAUAUUGGUGACUACGAUCGCAAUGAGGUCCUUCUGACGAUUAUGCUUCUUCAAAUCUCUGAGCCAUUUUCACCAAUAUCACAGGCGGGCGGAUGGAUCUCACACGUAGACGGAGCUGCUCAAAUGAUCCAGGCUGAAGGACCAAAACCUCUGAACACUCCAUACGAGACAGCACUUUUCAAUCACGCCCGUCAGUUCACUAUCAUUAUCGGCAUGUUGCGCAGGGAAGAUAUCUUUUUCAACCAGCCGCAAUGGCUCGCCAUUACCAAAUCCGCACCUGCAGCCUAUCAUGCAACUCCUCUCCUAGAUAUCGGAUCAUCGAUACCUGGUAUGCUCGCUAAGACCGACAAGAUUCUCGCCAGCAAUUCCUCCGAGCAUGUCGUCUACGAACUGCUUCAAAAGCUGGAAUCUACCGGUGAAGCGGUUGUCACCUGGAUAAAUGACUUCUUCUCGUCAAUGGCACAUGAAAUUAGCACUACCAUUGAUCUCAAAGAGCUGGACUCAUACAAUGAAGAAAUGAAUGGCGACACGACCUUCCUGCCGGUUUACAAGUUUGCUUCCUAUAGGACUGCUUGGAACGUCACCCUGGGCUGGGUUUUCCACUUCGCGAUUUUAAAAACAAUUCACAAAAUUUUAAAAUCGAGGGCAGACAUCCACUACAGACUCACCACAUCAGAGCUCGAGCUAGAGAUGUUCCGAGUAGUCACUGAUCUUUCUAUGGUCAUACCACAAUACUUCGCCAGAAGUUUUGGAGCCAUGGGCCGGGCGGUAAUUACGAUACCUCUCGGAAUUUCGACCGAAUUCUACUUAUCUAGUGGUCAAACGAGGCAACUAGAGUGGUGUCACAGGGUAGCAAAAGCAGUGUACAACCCACGCGAAGGACUGGAGCGAAUCCAGAAGCCUGGACCGAAACAGUGA